AUGCCAUCCAUCAUUGACAUUGCCCAGCAGAUCACCUCCAAUGCCGGGGUGAUUGACAACUACAUCAAGUCGAAUGGCUUGAAACCACUUUCCUGGGACUCAGAUGCCGAUCUCGAGUUCCCCAAUCCCGACAAUGACCCUACCAUCGACGCUGCUCGGUUUGCGCUCAUCGAGGACACAAGAAAGUUACGCGACCUCAUGCUUGGCCCUACGGACUUGAUGAGGGAACUGUCGUGGAGGCAAAUGGACAUUUCAGUCCAGCGCAUUGUCUUCCAAUUGAAGCUCUACGAGGCUGUUCCCCUCGACGGCACGGCAUCCUAUGCCGAGAUCGCUGAGAAAGUCGGUCUGACCGAGCGCCAGGUGAUGCUCAUCAUCCGCCAGUCCGCACUGAAUGGUGUUUUCAAAGAGAUAGAGCCCAAUCAGGUCGCACAUACCGCUGCCUCGGCCGUUCUCCUGAAGAAGGAAUCGAUGCGCAAUUGGUACAAUCUGUACACUCACGAUACGCUUGCUGUCAGCGCCAAGCUGGCUGACGCACUGAAGAAGUACUCUACAAGUGACAGGCCCCAGGAUUCUGCCUUUAGUCUCGCGUUCAACACGGAUGAGGGUUACUUCAAGUACAUGGAGAAUUUCCCGGAGUUGCAGCAGCGAUUCUUCGAUGGGAUGAUGAGUAUCGGACAAGAUGCAGGCUAUAGUGCAGUCCAUAUUGUCGACGGAUACGACUGGGCGAAGUGGGGGAAGGCGAGUGUUGUCGAUGUAGGCGGAGCGUAUGGAUACAUCAGUGUCCAAAUUGCGAAGAAGUUCCCGGAACUAACGUUCGAAGUGCAAGACUACCAAGAGUUCCCUCUGGAGCAAGGACAGGCUCAACUCCCUGUUGAAUUUCACAAUCGCGUCAGCUUCAAACAGCACAGCUUCUUCGAUGUACAGCCUACCACAGCGGAUGUCUACAUGUUGCGCCAUAUUUGUCACAACUGGUCUGAUGCCAACUCAACCAAGAUUAUCAAGGGGCUUGUACCGGCCAUGAAGCCCACGAGUAAGAUCCUGCUUAUCGAUGCUGUGGUUGUUGCUCCCGGCGUGGUAGACGUCAUGCAGGAGAGGUAUUGCAGGAAUAUGGACGUUGCAAUGCUUCAGUGGCUCAACACCCAAGAGCGCAGUAUCGAAGUCUGGCAGGAUAUCAUCUCUGCAGCCGAUCCCCGCCUGAAGGUCCUCGGCGUGUACAAGCCCACCAAAUGCUUGGACUCGAUUAUUGAGGUUGGAUUCGAGAACUAA